ACGCGGGAGGGGAGGGAGGGAGAGCGCCGCGGGGAGAGCGAGGGCGAGCGGAGGCUGCAGCCGGCGGAGAGGAGGGCGCGGCGAGGGCCGGGAAGGAGGGCGCGGGCGAGGCGCAGCGAGGCUGGGACCUGAGCGCGCUCACUUCUCCGCGAAGUGCCAACUUCCCCGGAGGGAGUGCCGGGCGCGCACCGUCCGCGCGCGGGGAAAGUCAGCGGGAAUUCGAGAUUUUAGGGAAGAAAGUCGUAUUUCCCCCGUCCCCGUCCCCCGUUACUAAACCCCAUUAAAAAGAAAAGCAACCACAGUAACAGCAAACUUGCUAUAAUCCCGCCUGCCCCCCACUCCUGGCACCAUGAAGGCGGCCGUCGAUCUCAAACCGACUCUCACCAUCAUCAAGACGGAAAAAGUCGAUCUGGAGCUUUUCCCCUCCCCGGACAUGGAAUGUGCAGAUGUCCCACUAUUAACUCCAAGCAGCAAAGAAAUGAUGUCUCAAGCAUUAAAAGCUACUUUCAGUGGUUUUACUAAAGAGCAGCAACGCCUGGGGAUCCCUAAAGACCCCCGGCAGUGGACAGAAACCCAUGUUCGGGAUUGGGUGAUGUGGGCUGUGAAUGAGUUCAGCCUGAAGGGUGUGGACUUCCAGAAGUUCUGUAUGAACGGAGCAGCUCUCUGUGCCCUGGGUAAAGACUGUUUUCUUGAGCUGGCUCCAGACUUUGUUGGGGACAUCUUAUGGGAACAUCUAGAGAUUCUGCAGAAAGAUGAUGUGAAACCGUAUCAAGUUAAUGGAGUCAACCCUACCUAUCCAGAAUCUCGUUAUACCUCGGAUUACUUCAUUAGCUAUGGUAUUGAGCAUGCUCAGUGUGUCCCUCCGUCUGAGUUCUCAGAGCCCAGCUUCAUCACGGAGUCUUACCAGACACUCCAUCCCAUCAGCUCAGAAGAACUCCUCUCGCUCAAGUAUGAGAACGACUACCCCUCAGUCAUUCUUCGAGACCCUCUCCAGACAGAUACCUUGCAGACUGACUACUUUGCCAUCAAACAAGAAGUUGUAACCCCAGACAACAUGUGCAUGGGGAGGACCAGUCGUGGUAAACUCGGAGGCCAGGACUCUUUUGAGAGCAUAGAGAGCUACGAUAGUUGUGAUCGCCUCACCCAGUCUUGGAGCAGCCAGUCGUCUUUCAACAGUCUGCAGCGUGUUCCCUCUUAUGACAGCUUCGACUCAGAGGACUAUCCGGCUGCCCUUCCCAACCACAAGCCCAAGGGCACCUUCAAGGACUAUGUGCGGGACCGUGCUGACCUCAACAAGGACAAGCCUGUCAUUCCUGCUGCUGCCCUGGCUGGCUACACAGGCAGUGGACCAAUCCAGCUGUGGCAGUUUCUUCUGGAAUUACUCACUGAUAAGUCCUGUCAGUCUUUUAUCAGCUGGACAGGAGAUGGCUGGGAAUUCAAGCUUUCUGACCCAGAUGAGGUGGCCAGGAGAUGGGGAAAGAGGAAAAACAAACCUAAGAUGAAUUACGAGAAACUGAGCCGUGGCCUACGCUAUUAUUAUGACAAAAACAUCAUCCACAAGACGGCGGGUAAACGCUAUGUGUACCGCUUUGUGUGUGACCUGCAGAGCCUACUGGGAUACACCCCUGAGGAGCUCCAUGCCAUGCUGGAUGUCAAGCCGGAUGCUGAUGAGUGAUGGACACGGAAGGGGCUGGGGGACCCUGCUGAGACCUUUCAAGGACAACCGUGUUGGUUGGACUCUUAAUUUUUAACUGUUACUCUAUUUUUUAUUUUCCAGAACUCAUUUUUUACAUUCAGGGGUGGGAGCUAAAUGAGCUGCAGCUGUAAUCAAUUGUGCGCUGUUGGAAAGAAAAGCCAGGACUUGUGGGGUGGGUGGGACAAGAAAUUCUUCAGCAAAUUUUCAGGAGAGAGAGAAGGGGUCUUCAUAGAAGCCUAAGAGAUCUGGCUCAAGAGAGGAAGAGACUAAUGUGUCCAAUCAUUUAAAAAAAAAAAUCAUCCAUGAAAAACUGUCUUGAGUUUUGAACCCAUUAGCAAGAGACAUUGUCACAUCAAAAGUCAUGAGACUGAUGAAAGGCAAUUAAUUUGCUUUUGUUUUUAGAUCUGGGAGGGCAAAACAAAAGGGGGGGGUGGGAUGAAACAUUUUGGGGGGGAUGCACUAAAAACUGAGGACGAAAGAACGAUUUACCUUUUAUUCUACUUUUGAAACAAAGAUGAACUUCAAUGGGGAGGGGCCAAAAUGGUUUUUGUGUUAAAAUUUAUUUUAUUAAAUUUUGUGCCAGUAUUUUUUUUUUCUUAAAAAUCGUCUUAAGCUCUAAGGUGGUCUCAGUAUUGCAAUAUCAUGCAACUUUGUUUUUUAUUUGCCGGCUGAGGAUUCUGUCACAUUGAAAGAAAACUGUUUAUAUAGACCCCAUUGGAAAAGCAAAGCGCUAUCACUGAGAUCAGGGAUCCCAAAUUCGUGUGACUUAUAUAUGAAGGAAAAAAUAAUGCUGAUUUGAGUACAAGGGAACUUUGUGUGUGAACUUCAUCUACAAUUUUUAAAAAGGUAUUAUCACACCCCUUUACUUAUUUGUUAUUAAUGGAUUCUCGGGGUUUGGACUUAAUGUUGAGUUAAGAAGCAUUAAGUCUUUGAACUGAAUGUAUUUUGCAUCCCUGGUUUUGGACCACAGUAAAUGUGGGAGCACUGUUGAAGUCAAGAAAAGGAAAUCAAAGGAGAAAGAUUGAUUGGUUCUUUCUUAGUCCUGUACCUAUAGCAUGGAUGACUUGGAAUAAAAGCUGUAUGCAUGGGCAUUACCUCUCGGGUCUUAAGAAAUAAGUCCUGAAAGCAUGUUGUUCCAAAUUAACAUUCUAUAAUUUCUCUUUCAUGUCUUGUUUUCCCAGCACCCCAACUCAUUUUUUGCUUCCCCUUCACUCUGUUAUUCAGUAGGGAGAAACUGUACAGCUUUCUGAUCAGUGAAUAAAAGAGUAACUUCAGAUACGACGUGAGUUGUAGAGUUUAGACUUGCUGGGGUUUAGAAGUGAUGGAAAUUAAGAGAGCGUUUUAAUAAAUGUGAGUUGACUGUCUUUGACCGGAGAAGUACAAGACUUUCCUUUGAAGACUUUAAACUAGUUGGGCAGGAUGUCAGGUGAGACCGUGUAAAGUGAAUGGCACAGACAAUGUUAGGGCCUCGUGCUUGAAUCUGAUGUCUUGGCACAGGAUAAGUGAAGGUUCAUUGCUGAAGAGAGGAAUGGCUUGAAGGCAAAGGAAACAAGGGAAGGAGCCUGAGUGAAGAAAAUAAGGUGGUCCAUGAGAUUUUAAUAUAUUUUUAGUUCCCUCAACACAGUCAACUGAAGAAAGUCAUCUUUCUGCUGGUUGUGAAGGGAGAUCUGAAAAUGGAGUUAAAGGGGGGAAAACCAACAUCAAAUUUGUGAGGAAAAGUGCCUAAUACAAUUAGAAGCUCUCCCACUCUGCAGAUGCCCAGUUAAGAGGAUGAGGGGGGGAUGGCUUAGUGGACUUCCGUGAGAGGGGAGGAAACAUUUAAGACAAACUUCUCAGGGCUGUCUCUUUUUGGGAUUUAGCUGAGAAAUUGGAAGUGCUAACUACCUUCUAGCAUAUCUUCAAGAAAGUUGAUUGUUUACUCCCAGAUCUUCUUGUAGACCCUGAAUUAUCAGGAACAUAGCUCUGUGAUUCAUGUGUUCUCAUACUAAUAAAUUGGAGCAUCCAUAUGGAAAACAAAGGCGGGGUUAUCCCAUUUGUGUAUUUUGAUCUUUUGGAUGCAGGUGCCUUAAUGAAGCUCUCAAAAUAUUUUAGGAGCUGCUCAGGGAGUGUUAGGUGGAACUGUUUGGACUACGUUGUUUUCUCUUUGAUUGUGUGAUCUUUGUUGGGCACUGGCAAAGGGUGUGUGUGAGAGAGAGUGUUUGUGUGUGUGUGUGUGUGUGUGUGUGUGUGUGUGUGUGUGUGUGUGUGUGUAUGUGUGUGUGUAUUUGCAGACAUGCAAAACUGCAGCUGAAAUAAUACCUGAGUUUUCUAGUUAAGUCUUUCCACAUUUCAGUAAUGGGUGAGAGUAGAACCAGGGCCGGAUAUCGGUCAUUGCUUGCUGUUUGCAACCAGGCAUAAAAUCACUUUCUCAAAUCAUCAACCUUUCCUAUUAAAUUUAUGCUAAAACUCCCCUUCUGUGAGUCUAACUCCUGCAAUUCCUACAGCAAAUAAAGUAUAAGAAAGUGCCUCCUAGUGCUCCUCAGCCCGCUUGUUUGCUAAGAUUCCCUUUCUCUCUAGAUCCACCAUUUUCAGGAUUUGUAGAUAGUGUGUUAGUUAAGACAACUUUGUCAAUCUGGCCAGAUGUUUUUUUCUCCUUUUGUCCAAAGGCCAGAGACCAUCCCAGGAAGAGUGGUGGGUGGUUUAUACACUGGAAAUGUAGCAAAAUUGUUGCAUUUAUGCUUUUGAAAAACACAUGUUAACUUCAGAGGAAGGAUGGGCAAAUCUGGUCUAUCUGGGUGAAACCCUUGUUUUCCUGGAGACGCUUUAACCGGUAUCGGUUUUGGCUUUAGGGUUUAGAGUCACUUUUGCUCCCUUCUCCAUUCAGGGGAGGGGCUUCCCUACUUCGAGCCCUGAUUUUGUGGCCGUGGGGAUUGGAGGUAGCAUUCAAAGAUCAGAUGUGCUUUUCCUUACUUUGGAGAUGAACACUCUGGGUUUUAGAGCAUUAACCUGCCUAACCUUCAUGGUGAAAAAUACACCUUCUGUCUUCUAGUCAUGCUGUGCAUGCCGCUUUCUCUGUUGGGGUCUAUAUAAAUUUGUUGAACUCUUACUUACAUUCCAAAGAAGUUUCAAGGAACCACAAAUAUAUGUAUACAUAUACAUAUAUAAAAUAUAUAUAUUAAAAUGAAAUUAUCUCUAUCAGGAAUACUGCCUCAGUUAUUGAACUUUUUUUUAAGAAUACUUUUUUUUAAGCUGAGAAGUAUAGGGGUGAAAAAGAUGUUAUAUUGUGUUUGACUAUUUUCCAACUUGUAUUUUCAUAUAAUUUAUAUUUUUUAAAGCUGAAAAUUUAAAAGCAAGAUGAAAAAAGGAAAAGCAGGUGCUUUUUAAAAAUCAGAACUGAGGUAGCUUAGAGAUGUAGCGAUGUAAGUGUCUAUGUGUUUUUUUAAAAAAAUGCAAAAAAAUUCUUACAGGGGAGUUUUUUGUUUGUUUAUUUUAGUAGCUGAUGCUGGCACAUCAUUUUGCUGGAGAGUUUUUUAUAUACUGUAGCCUGAUUUCAUAUUGUAUUUUAAACUGUGUGAAAUUAAAAACAAAGAAAUUCAUUC